AUGAUGCCAAGUGAUUCUCUAAGCAGUGAAAACUUUAUUGCAGAGUGCCAAGAAGCCAUAAACUCCCAUAUAAAUAGAUCGUCGCCUUUAAAGGAGCUAAAAAAAUUGCAAUUAAUAAAGCUGAAACCCUACAUUGCCAAUACAGAAAGAUUAAACAGGGACAAUAGAUAUAAAUCUCGAAAUGAUAACUCUAUCAGUGAGAGUCAAGAUAAUAUAAGAAUUCAUCGCAAAAAAGACUCCACAGACUCAUUUCGUUCUAGCUCUGUUCAAUUACUUUUCGCAAAUACUUACAGUAUGAAAACAAUUGCUUCAAGCAAAUUAGGUCCUGGGCAUUAUCAUUAUGACCUGAAUACAUUUAAUGGGCCUUCCUUUCAUUUUUCCACAAUCGCCAGGUUUUCCAAUAAUCUAACUCAAACAUUAGUUCCAAAAUUGAAUUUCAGUGAUUUAGAUAAAAACCAAGAAAUUUUAAACGAAAAUAAAGACAUGAAAAAACAUCUCCCAAGUGAAAGAAUAAGACAUUUGAGAGACAAAGCAAAAUCUGAUUCUGCAAAAAUUCUCGAAAUUAAGGAAAAAAAACAAAUGAUUUAUACAAAGAAUAAGUUAGAAAAAUUAUUGAAAUUGCAGUCAAAGGAAAGGAGAUAUGAAAUAAAGCUUAAAAAAUAUGAAAUACUCUCGAUUGCUAAAGCUUGGUCGGUGCUUUACACUAUUUUUUGGUCUGCAAAUAAUAUUCGUCGCCAAAUAAGCGAAAGAAAAGAUUUACAUAGAAGAUCGAGCAAGGUGCUUGUAUGGCUUAUGAAUUUUUGCAGAUCAAUUGGGAAGUUCAAAAUAAUUUUGGAGAAAAUAAGGAUCUCAAAAGCUUUUAAAACUUUAAAAAAACAUUUACCAAUAUUUCUAAAGUGAACAGAAAAAAUUCGAACCAAAUGGGCAGAAAUGACUGUAGAUAUAUGCGAAAGAGUUCUUGCUGAGGAGCAAAUUGCAAAACUGAUGAAAUCUUUUAUUAAUAAAGUUAUUUUUAUACAACGUACCAUGAGAUCUAUUUUUAUUCAAAGGAAAAGUGCAUUAAUAAUUAAAAGAUUGCUCUGAAAUAAAGUAGAAUACAAAAUGUAUAUUGAGAGUAGAAUAAAAAAGCGAAAAAUUCCACCAUCAGAGCUUGAAAAGCGCAUUAGUUUUGAAGCAAUUAAAGGGAGAUCAUCCGUUCCAGACUCAGUAAAAGAUUUCAAAAUUAUGAACAUACUUAAGAUGAGAAUGAAUGAGUAUAGAGAAAGGUUAAAAAUAUAUAAUGAAGAAUGCAAAUUAUUAAAGCAAGAGUUUACAAAAAAUCUGUAUAAACUAGAAGCUCAAGCAGUGCUUAACAAUGUAAAGCUUCAAGGGCCAAGUUUGCCUCCAAGACCUAAGCCAAAUUAUGUGAUAACGGAAGCUGAAUACAGAAAAAUGAUACACGAAGCCAUACAGAAACGAAAAGAAUGGGAAGCUAUAGUGAAGAAAAAGAGAAAAACGCAAAAAAUUAGUUCUAAUAAAAAAGGCCGCGGCUAA